GAAAUUGUCCCAACGACAACUUCGAUCUGCCAGUUAUUCCCAUCUCGAACGACCUACGACACACAACUCAAAAUGACCAAGCGCACGAAGAAAGUCGGUAUUACCGGUAAAUACGGCACGCGCUAUGGCGCUUCGCUCCGUAAACAGGUCAAGAAGAUGGAGAUCACACAACACGCUCGGUACACAUGCACAUUCUGCGGCAAGACUGCGGUCAAGAGGAAGGCUGUUGGUAUCUGGGAGUGUCGGUCAUGCAAGAAGACGACCGCCGGGGGCGCGUACACUGUCUCAACCCCAGCCGCUGCCGCUACGAGAUCCACGAUCCGACGACUGAGGGAAAUUGCUGAGGUCUAGGGUGAGUUUGGAGAUGCGGAAUGGAGGGGCUUUUCGAACGGAUUUCAUAUUGCGGGCGGCCGUAUCGGGAAUGAAAUGGCUCGCUUCAGCAUCUGGGUGCCCAUUCUGUGAUGACUAGGGUCGUAUCAGGAUUCCUCAAAAUUCAAUGGCAUAAUUAUGAUACUGGAAUUCGACUAUAGGGUGGCGGUGAUGUACCUAAACGUGUAGAGACAGCGAUCGCUGAGGGUUCGAACUCGCGCUUCCUAAGGAAUGGAUCGACUACAAUUCCU